AUGGACCGGAAUUUGAUGGAAGUGGUCAUCUCGAUCAAGCACGACGAUGGCGUGGUCGAGAACCCAGUGGCGCGGGAGUGGGCGGACCGACUGGGAGUGACCGAAAUGGCCGCGAGUCAGAUGAUUGUGGCCUUCUUGCAGCUGCCCCCUAGGCCCUGUAAGCCCCAGCCCAGGCCCCUGCCUGAACGGGUCGCUUUCGCAGAAGUUAUCCUGGCCACGGAUCCGAUGCAGGCUUGGUUCGAGUCGCGCGACGUCUUCGCGAACAGCCGGACCAUCGCGGAACAGAGGCGCUACCGGUGGGGGAAACUUGAGGAUUUGUCGCUCAACCUUUUGGGGCGGACGGCCCAGCAAGUGGUGUGCGAGUGCGUGAGGCCGCUGCGCGAACAUUGGAGGAGAAAAGUAUGGAGAGUGCUCGCCACAUGCGUGCACUGGACCCUGAGCUACCGGCAAAAGCUGGUCAAAAUCAACAACUGCUUCGCGGCGCUAAAAACACACCACCACCUCCUUUACGCGAUGCUCAGCCGCCCGAACGGCGAGCUCACGAGGGCCGGCCAGUACUACUACCAACUGAUCGGCCGGCCCCCUCCCGGCCGGCAGUACGACCGCAACCAACCCCUCAUCCGCGAGGGGCCCAACGAUUACAUCAUGCUCCGGGGGGGCGCCAAAAAGCUGCUCCGCAGCCUCCAGCCCAACGGGAACUACCACUUGACCAAGAUCGGGAAGAGCUUCUUCAAGGACAAGUGGGUGGACUGGGUGGUGCACGUGCCCGUCAUCAUCCGCGGCAUCCGGCGAAACGGCCGGAACCGCGGCAUGCCCUACGAGCGCACGAAGCGCCUGCCCGCGUCCGCGCUCGCGCAGCUCGGGAACCCCGAGCCGAACGACAUUAUUUGGGAGCUGUCCGACGAGAGCUACUACCUGGACGCGCCGAGGGAGUGGACCUUCAGCCAGCAGGCCAUGCAGGUCGUAGACGACCGGGUGGUGGUGGAGACCGUCCUGGAUCAGCCCCUGGGGACUCUGCGGGACGUCUCCUACCAGCUGUACUGCGGCGACGAAAUCCUAGAGUCCGCCUUCGAACAGCGGCCGGACAAGCUUUGCGUCCCUCGGCAGCUCGCGGAGCUGAUGCGGCUGCCGCUGCAGGAGGUGCUUUCGGACUUCGACGCAAUCUGCACCAAAAAAACGUGGCGGGAGCAGGGCAUCACCCCCCGAGAGAUCCGGGAAUUCUGCCUUUGGCGCCAGGCCCCGAUGUUCUACGUGGACUGCCAGGGCUGCCUGCUGGACAAGUACGAGCCUACCGUCAAGGAGCAGCGGGCCGUGGCCUUCACGAGCUGGAACGGCCACGCCUUCUUCUACAAAUCCGCCCGCACCGUCGCGAAGUGCGAGCCGAUCGGGGAGCGGGCCAGGUACCGGGGCGAGAGGAAGCCAGGCGAAACGCCCGAGUUCAAGGAUUGGCGGGAGUGGGAGGGCGAGGUCACCAGCGGUCAUUUCUACACUGAAGACCUGGAGCAGGUCCGGAGGGAGCUCCUGGCCGAGGGGCACUGCCCGAAGGUGGUCAUGCGAAGCAUGAGCGAGUGGCGGUGCCUGCGGCUGAGGGUGCGGGGCGGCGAGGACUGCGUCAUCUCCGCCUUCCACGAAGACCUGGAUGUGCUGCAGGUCUUCCUUCACCUUCUCAAGGCCCGCCGCGAUCCGCCCGGAUCUCGGCAAGCCCUGCUCGCGGAGCAGGCCCAGAACCUCCAGGCACUGUGCCUCGAGUGCCACCGGAACAAAACGGCCCUGGAGUCCUCGCACGCCACGACACUGGAGUCGCGCUUCAGCCGGCGGGCUUACGAGCAGUACGUGGAAUCGCCUCGACUCCCGCCGCUCGUCUUCAAGCUCAACAGCCACAAGCCGGACCACAUCUGCCACGGUAUAGACGUGGCGCGGUGCCGCAAGAACGGCCUGGCCCAUGCCAAGUUCCCGGCGCCCAUCUUCUGCCCCAAGGACAACGUGGAGCAAGCCCGCGAAGGGCACCUGGCGGACCUGACCUACGUGAGGGUUCAGGCUCCAUCCCUUGUGCAGCAUGCUACGAGCUCGCAAUCCGCACGGCUCACUCUUUUUUCACAUGUGUUGCUCGGAAGUCGAAUGCAGUGCAGUGCAGGAGAAUGA